AUGAAACAAUUAUAUUUCACAGUAUUAUUUAUACUAUACGGAAUAAUCUAUUCUGUGAAAUCUACUAAUGUGACAAUACUUACACAACUUCAAGCAUUUUAUUAUCCAUCAAGAACUACAGUUUAUCAUAGAUGGUGUAAUGGGCAAGAUCGAUAUGAUUACUGUUCACCACUCUUUAUUAUUUGUUUAACAAAAACAUCUUUGAGACGUUGUAUACAAAAGUAUGAAUUUGGUGGAUCAGGUUCGGAAUAUGAACAUAAAGAGUUCAUCAAAUUUGAUGAAAAACUGAAUGAAAAUAUAACUAAUCCACUUGUAUUUACCGUGUCAAAUUGGACUAAUGAUCUAAUGUUACAUGCAGCUGUAUUCAAUAAAGAACUUAUUGUUACUUCAUUGAUGGGUCGGUCUAGUAUUGUAAUAGAUUGGAUAAAAACACCAGGUACAAAUCAAACUGAGACAUGGAAACAAAUUACCUUUACAGCAUUUGACAGUGUAAUGCAACUAACUGCACGGGUUAAAGUUUUUAGCUCAGAAUCUUGA